AAAAGAAAAAAAAAUGCAGCCGAUUUCGUUUUUCCUUUUUUGUCUUUGUGGCCAAAUUUCAUUGACUGGGGGCUCCUUGAAUGAUACGAACAUGAUCUUGGAAAUCUCAGAGUCUCCUGAAGUGGAAAAAAUCGACAUUUUCCCUCCUGGGAUUGAUACAAGAGUGAAACUAGUGGACACAACUGAGAAUGAAAAUGUGGAGGUCCAAAUGGAUGCAGAAAACACAGAAAAGCUGAUGCAAACGGAUCUAAAAAGUCCUGAGGCCAGCAGAGGGAGGAGAAGCGCUUGGGGCCGGAGAUACCAUGCUGCUCCUGUAGAGAGCGCCAUUUAUAGAAUGGCAGGCCUGGGCCGACCUCUGAUGGGCUGGAGAAAACGUGGAAAAGCUGAGAUGGAGACGAGUGCUCUGAUGGGUGCACUGAAAGAGCUUCACACACAGAAGAGAACUCUGAUGGACCUCGGAAGGACCCAAAAGGAGGAGGAAGAAGAUGAUGACGAUGAGGAGGAAGAUGAUGAUGAUGAAGAGGAAGAAGAUGAUGAUGACGAGGAGGAGGAAGAAGAAGAGGUGUCAGCUGUCAAGCAUUUAUUUAUCCUUUAAAAUUGUAUGAAAUUGAUUUAUUUUCUGUGAUGUGUGUGUCUGUGGGCCAGGAGGAAGAAGAAGAAGAGGAAGAAGAGGGAGAGGGAGAGGGAGAGGGAGAAGAAGAAGAAGAGGAGGAGGAAGAAGAGGAGCCAACUGAAGCACCCAGCAAUCAGACAGAGACGAAUGCCAACGUGACGUGGCCUCCUGUUGAGUGUCAGAUUGCAGACAUAGAAAUCAGCUGCAGAGGUGUCGGCCUGACCCAGCUGCCGUUCCUCCAGUACCCGCAGGCCACGAAGCUGGACGUUGCAUGGAAUAAGAUCAGCGUCAUCACUGCUCAUGCUUUCCUUGGUGUGCCGAGUCUGGAGACAUUGGACCUGAGCCAGAAUGAACUGGGUGAUGAGUCGUUCAGCCAGAAACCGCUGUUUAACCUGACAUCUUUGAAGAAGCUGAAUCUAGCAGACAACCAGAUCACUAGGAUACCUGCACUCCCACCAUCUCUAGAAGAGCUCAAGAUCAACAACAACAAGCUCAGCGGACUCACGCCUGACUGUUUUAAAGGUAUACCUAAAAACCUGACAUCUUUGAAGAAGCUGAAUCUAGCAGACAACCAGAUCACUAGGAUACCUGCACUCCCACCAUCUCUGGAAGAGCUCAAGAUCAACAACAACAAGCUCAGUGGACUCACGCCUGACUGUUUUAAAGGUCUUGGAAACCUGCUGAAUCUGGAACUGCAAGACAAUAUCCUCCAUGAGGGCAGUGUUUCCCCUUCAGCUUUCAGCCCCUUGCAGAGCCUUUUGUUCCUGCAUCUGGACAGAAACCUGUUCAGUUCCAUCCCACUGGGCCUUCCAGCCUCUCUUCAGGUGCUCAAAAUCAAGAAAAAUCAGAUCUAUGAAGUGAGAGGAGAAGCGCUGAGGGAUUGCAUUCAUCUGAAAGAGCUGGACCUGAGUCACAACCACAUUUAUGAGCAAGCCAUUGCUUCAGAUGCCUGGAUCCGACUGAAGUCCCUAGAAGCUCUGGACUUGUCCUACAACCAGCUCAUGUCCAUCCCAGUUAAUCUACCACGUCCUCUUCGGAAACUCAAUUUGCAACACAACCGCAUCAGUCAGCUCCCCUCAUUCCUGUUUCGUCAUCUGAAGCCGGGCCUGCAGGCCCUCCAUCUAUCUCACAAUGGACUGAAAGACAACGGGAUCGGUCGAAGGGCUUUUGUUGGCACGUACCGCUCUCUGAAAGAGCUUCUGCUUGACAACAACCACCUUGAAGAGGUUCCUCGAUGCAUCCGGCAGUUUAAGAACCUGCAGAUGCUAAGACUGGACGGCAACAAAAUAAGGUUGAUGAAACCGUGGGGAGUGUGCCACCCUCGUAAUUCCGGAUCCACUUUGGUUUCAGUCCACUUGGAAAAUAAUCUCCUUGAAGUGGAGACGAUUCCCCCAAGGGCUUUCUCCUGUAUCAUUGAUGCCAAGGGACUGAUCCUGUAUCCACAGCAGCACAAACAGGAUGGAAAUACUUGAAAAAACAAACAAACAAAGAAAUUCAGCAUUACUGCAUCAUCAUGACACCAAGUUUAGCAUUUUUUUCUUGAAAUUUUGUUUUUACAGCUUCAUUGUAAUCUUCCAGGGUUGUUUGCAAGAAGUAAUUUAAUCAUGCUUGUUUUGUGAGUCAGAAUUUAAAUCUGCAAACUACACUUGUUUUGUUCCAACACAAGUCCAAUUUAAGUGACUAUGUAGCUGUACAUUACCGUGCAAUAAAGCAAAUUUGGGAUUUUCAAAUAA